UGUGGACGAUGUUGUUGUUGUGAAAAUCCAUGAAAAUUGGGAAAUUCUUGAUUUCUUAGCUCCGGAAAUUUUCGAACGGUCUCAAAUACCGCUCCGGAAGUUUUCCAUAACAAAUUAACAUCAUUUGCAAUUCCCGCCGGUGUACGGUGUACUUGUAGUACCGCUGCAGCAGCGCGAUUCUUUAUCAAAGUGGUGUUUAAUCACUGUUCGGAACGUAGAUCUGGGAUCUUGAUAGGUAGACAAGCUGAACCGCAAUAAUGAGGCUGUUUCCUGUUCGUUUCUCCAACAUCAACAAAAUGUUGGACUUUUACUCCCAAUUUAAUCCUUCGCCACUCAGCAUAAAGCAAUUUAUAGAUUUCGGCCUUAAUGCGUGUCCGAAAAAAUCGUUUGUAUUCCUGCGGAAGGAACUCCCCGUCCGGUUGGCGAAUAUAAUGAAGGAAAUCACAUUACUACCGGAAAGUUUACUCAGAAUGCCCUCGGUGGGUUUGGUCAGCGCUUGGUACGUGAAAAGCUUCGAAGAGAUACUCGUAUUCGAGAAAACCGAUCCAUCAGAAAGCAACCUGGAAAAAUUUUGCAAAUCCCUCAUACAAAUACGUGAUCGUCACUCCGAUGUUGUACAAACGAUGGCACAAGGCAUACUGGAGCUGAAGGAGAGUCGAAAUGGAGCCAUCGAGCCGUCGACGGAGCUCUCCAUCCAGUAUUUCCUAGAUCGCCUUUACAUGUCUCGUAUCAGCAUUCGUAUGCUCAUCAACCAGCAUACAAUACUUUUUGGGGAUAUACCGCAAACUGGGCGACAUAUUGGAAGUAUAGAUCCGUUAUGUGACCCCCACAUGGUCGUCAGAGAUGCAUACGAUAAUGCACGCUUUUUAUGUGAUCAAUAUUAUCUUGCUAGUCCUGAGCUAGAAGUCAUAGAACACAAUGAAAUUGAUAAAGGGAAUCCCAUCAAGAUUGUAUAUGUACCCUCCCAUCUUUAUCAUAUGCUCUUUGAGUUGUUCAAAAAUUCAAUGCGUGCCGUGAUGGAACACCAUGGGACGGAGAAUGAGGUGCCACCGAUUAAGGUUACAAUAGUAAAAGGAAAAGAAGACAUUUGUGUUAAAAUGUCUGAUCAGGGAGGAGGCAUACCCCGAUCGCAGGUCGACCAAUUGUUCAAGUACAUGUACAGUACGGCACCACAGCCGCCCAAAUCAAAAACUGAUUUACCGCUGGUUCCAUUGGCAGGCUAUGGCUACGGUUUACCUAUAUCCAGAUUGUAUGCCCGUUACUUCCAUGGUGAUUUGGUUCUCUUCUCUUGCGAAGGAUAUGGUUCAGAUGCCAUAAUUUAUCUGAAAGCGUUUUCAGACGAAGCGAACGAACUACUGCCGAUUUUUAAUAAAACAAGUACGCGUUUUUACAAAGCUACUGUACCGACCGGAGACUGGUCAAAUCAGGGGAAAAACUUCACCAACAGAUUGUUGUAGCCGUUAUUUACGAUAUCUUCCAGCAGUACCGUACAGAGGGAACGGCUACUUUCCGGUCCGUUCUAUCUGCGGCCUGCUACUCCUACUUCUUGAGCGUCGAUUUACUACGAUAUUAUGACUUAAAAAUUUAUGUUAUAUAGCUUUUUUCUAUUCAUAUAAGUGUUUCGUUAAUUCGUUCGUGGUUUGUGCUACGAUUAACUUCUGUCAAUUUGGUUUUUAAAAUACAUGCGUUGUUAUUAACAAUUUAAAACGAUUGAUUUGUUUUA